AUGUCUGAGAAACCAGAGGAACCAAAGCCUGUCGCCGAGCUCUCAAAGGACAUGCAGCAGGGGCAGGCUGCCAUUGCAAAGGCCACAGAUACUCCCGGCAGUCGACUCACUGCAUGGCGGCAGCCACAUAACCUGCGUGCCUAUUAUGGGCCUCCACCACACACGUACAAGAAACUUCCCGAAAGCAAUCCCACUACCUCCCAGCCUCCCGAAAGCGAUAAAGAAACGCCAGAAGUAGCCUUACCGACACCAUUAGAAAACGGCUAUUCCGUACCAGCUUACCGACCCCCUCACUGGGUGCCGCACUCUGACAUUGUUGGACCAACGAGGAGUCUCGACACCGACCAAGGCGCUACUACAUAUCCGGGGCCACCACUAUCAGCUAUCAAGGAAGGCAAAGUCGCUGCGGCUUGUGAGCCCCAUCUUCAAAUACUCUGCGGCCCCUUGCUGCGGUACGAUACAGUCAAGGACGGCCAUUGGUAUGGAGCGGUGAUGAUCGUCACCAAUGACGACGAGUCUGAGUAUCACCCAUUGCCAACUCUCGUUGUAGAAUGGGAAAGUGAGGACGAGCAACCAUUCACUUUGGACGUGCCCAUCAAUGAUCCAACUCAGCCCUCAUCAGAGACUGUGGCUCCUAGUGAACAAAAUCAAGAACAUUCACCGGUCGUUCCACCCACCAAUGAGGCAUAUACCGCUGAUGGACAUUCGGGCCCAAACACAACGCCGUCUACUUUACACACUGCCGCUCCCACACAGUCGAGCACCUCGUAUCAGUCUGGGGAUGAAUCCGAUGGACCAAUAUCCGACAUGGACCUGAGCGGCCCGGAAGAAGUUGUGGACGGCACGGACAAGAAGGGACACAAACGAAGCAAAUCCAAGUCGACGGCUGCAACGUGGGCUACAUCCAUGAUGCGCAAGCUCAAAGAGCUUGGACCACAGAAAUCCGAUUUCCGUGGUCGUCCGCCUGAAAGGAUUGCACAAACUGAACAGAAGAAGAAGCAUGAUCAAGAGUGGGCCACAAAGCGCAUUGUAGAGGGAGAAGCAAUCUACAAAUAUACCGGAUUGGCCAGCACUGCGACAUUUUGGCGUUUCUUGUUGGAGAUACCCGUCAAUCCGGAUCCGACCAAAGGUUUGAAGGUUCAUUAUGCCAUCAAUAAGCCGAAGAAGGCUCAGUAUAACCUCAACUUGGGAGUCCAGCCGCCUCGGGAACCGGAGCGACUUUCUACAGACAUUACGUUCCACAUCGCACCUACGGGCUCCGACAUGCGGUUUGCUGCAUAUAGCUGCAAUGGAUUUAGUGAAGGGAUUGAUCCAAAUACCUUUAAAGGUGAAGGAUUCGAGAGCGGUUUUGAUCCCGUAUGGGCAGACCUCCUGGAGCGUCAUGCUCAGCGCCCUUUUCACGCGCUCAUAGGAGGGGGAGACCAGAUUUAUUGCGACCCGCUCACCAAGGAACCUGAACUGAAGGAAUACAUGCAAUUGAAAACCAACAAAGAAAAGAUUGCCUACCCACUCACUGAUGCGAUCACGUUCACUAUUGAUCGAUUCUACUUCAACCACUACUGUCUCGUCUUUCGCAAUGGGUGCUUCGCCAAGGCUAUUAGCCAGAUACCCAUGAACAAUAUGCUGGAUGACCACGACCUGAUCGACGGCUUUGGAAGCUAUCCAGAGGCACUGCAACGAUCUGCUUUCUUUAAACACAUUGGUUCCCGAGGAUACUUUUGGUUCUUGCUCUUCCAAACGUUUACAGUGGACACUGUGGAUGGUACACUCGUAGAACCAGGAAAGCAUACGUUCAAAUCGACAAUUAUUGGCGAAGAUGGGCCGUAUAUUCCGUUCCCCUCCCAUUCGAGUCUCCAUUGGUAUGGAGCCAGGACUUAUUUGCUGAUGCUGGACUGUCGUGCUGAGCGUCGCAAGAACAUGAUCGUCUCCCCGCUGACGUACGAGCACAUCUUCAAGAUUCUUCGAGAGCUCCCAGACCAAGUUGAGCAUCUCAUCGUCCAGCUUGGGAUUCCCAUCUCGUAUCCAAGGAUGAAUUUGGCGGAACGAAUGAUUCACUCAGACGGAUAUUUAGCCAAGAUAACGCGCUCUGGAUUCUUUUCCAGCUUUGCAAACCACUUUAACAAAGACAUGGAACUCCUUGAUGAUCUGAGCGAUCAUUGGACAGCCUCAAAUCACAAACGCGAACGGAACUGGUUCAUCCUGCAACUCCAGCAACUUGCACUCGAGAAACAUUUGCGUGUCUCUUUCAUCUCCGGAGACGUUCACCUGGCUGCUGUUGGCUUGUUCAAGACGUGGGGUGGCAAGCGCAAGAAGCUCCAGCGUGGACAAGGUGCCAUUGAGCCCAAGCUCGACCAUCGGUGGAUGGUAAACAUUGUUUCUAGCGCCAUCGUCAACACGCCCCCACCACCGCCCGCACAAGCGACAUUGAAUAUGCUGGCUCCGCACAAGCAUCGGACGCUCCAUCACGAUCACACCGAUGAAGUCAUGCUUCCUGUAUUCCAAGAGGGUCUCCGGACAGACAAGCGACGACUCAAUUUCGUGGCUGGUGCACGCAAUUAUACCAUCGGCGAACGAGACCCCACGACGGGCGAGUUUGUGUUCGACAUCCGGGUGGAACGAAGAACGGGAGAAGGAGAGACAAAGGGAUAUGUAGUCCGCGUUCCGCCUCCCAAAUGGCAUGGGCUACCGAUUGAUCCCAACGAGAAUAUUCACGCACAAGAUGGCGUUGACAAGACGCCUCCAGAGGAGGUCCAGACGUAA